GCAGGGGCGGGAACGUCAGACAGCUGACGGCUCUCUCAGCUGUUGCCGCCGCUUGUGGCCGAAGUAGUCCGGGAGCUCAGCCUCCCCGCGUUAGAAACUUUCCUGGGGUGGAAGGGGCGCGCGGGCGCGAGACUCUCGGGCCGCGGCGGAUGCGGCGGCGGCGGCGGCGCCGCGAGGGGGCAGCUGCGCCCGGCCCGCGUCGGAGGCCCGGGAGAGGCGAGCGCUAGCGGCGCGUGCGCGCCCCCGAACGGCGGCCGCGGUUGGGAGGGGACGUUGCGCAAUCGGGCCGCCGUCCGGUCCAGUCCGCGAUGGAGCUGGAGUCGUCGCUGGAGGCGAGCUUCACGGCCAGCGGCGGGGGCGCGGGGCUGCCUCCGGCCCGCUCCCGCAUCUUCAAGAUCAUCGUGAUCGGCGAUUCCAACGUGGGCAAGACGUGCCUGACGUACCGCUUCUGCGCCGGCCGCUUCCCCGACCGUACCGAGGCCACCAUCGGCGUGGACUUCCGCGAGCGUGCCGUGGAAAUCGACGGCGAGCGCAUCAAGAUACAGUUAUGGGACACGGCAGGACAAGAACGGUUCAGAAAAAGCAUGGUGCAGCACUACUACAGGAAUGUACAUGCGGUUGUCUUUGUGUAUGAUAUGACCAAUAUAGUUAGUUUUCACAGCCUGCCAUUAUGGAUAGAAGAAUGCAAACAGCAUUUGCUUGCUAAUGAUAUACCAAGGAUUCUGGUUGGAAAUAAAUGUGACUUGAGAAGUGCCAUUCAAGUUCCUACAGAUUUGGCCCAGAAAUUUGCUGACACACAUUCUAUGCCACUGUUUGAAACCUCUGCUAAAAAUCCCAAUGAUAAUGACCAUGUGGAAGCUAUAUUCAUGACCUUAGCUCAUAAGCUGAAGAGCCACAAACCUCUAAUGCUUAGUCAACCACCUGAUAAUGGAAUUGUUUUGAAGUCUGAACCAAAAUCUACAAUGCCCUGUUGUUUAAAAAUGUUUUAAAAGUUAAUCCUUUGACUUGUUGAAAAAAAUGCUUUUUAAGUGUACAAUAAGUCCCAAGUUUUAGUCAUAAGUAUACUAGCUCAUCUUAGCACUUUAAUGUUUGUCUUGUAAAUGGAAGUCAAGUCAUUCAUUCAUUUCUUUGCACCUUGUAUGCAACUUUUUGGGAGAUGUGGAAGGGGAGGCAAUCAGGAUUAAGUGACUUGCCCUGGGGUCACACAGCUAGUAAAUGUCAAGUAUCUGAAGCUGGAGUUGAACUCAGGUCCUUUUGAUUCUAGGGCCGGCACUCUGUUUAUUUUUCCACUUAAGCUGUCCCCCUUGUACACGACUUAAUGGAGUUUUUGUCACUUGGGUUGCACAGAGAAGAAGAAAGAAAAAAAGAAAUUCAAGCAGAGUUUAAGGUUGAACAAGUAUUUUUAAUCAAUUCCUCUGAGCUCAUUUUUCAUUUGAAUCAUUGUGAAAUGUGUUUUCAUUAUAGAGAUGAAAAGAAGCAAAACCAGAAGGAAUAAAAUAAUAUCCCUUCUGAACCAAGAAAGAUUAGGGAUGCCUCAUAUAGAAGAAAAUGAAGGGAUUUUAAGAAUCUUCAAUUAAAUUAUUUUAAACCGAUCAUUGCCUAGCAGCCAAAGGUUUUAUGCCAUGAAAAUAUCUAAGGGAAUUAGAGUAACUUUUACUGGAAAAUAAAUUGAAUGUGAUGUUCUCUCAGCUUAUAAAAGGGUGAAGCCCCAAUUUUCAUUUGUUUCUUCAACCUUAGAGAAUUUUUAAAAAUUGUUUUAAAUAUUAUGUCAAGUAUCUGUGAUUUUUGUCAGUGAGGUAACUCCUUCCACUGACAUAGGUUGCAACUUGAUGAAGCACACAGCUAUCCUAAAUCCUUAUGCCUUGAAUUUUUAAGUUACAGUAAUUCCAUGAUUUGUAUUAUUAAAUUACAUUAUAAAGCCAAGGGUUUGGUAGCAAAAAUAUGGGAAUGAGAGGAAUAUGCCUAGGAUUCUAAUCCAGACUUGACGUCAUAAAGGAUAUGAAUCAAUAUUACUUGACCACUUGGUGCCUCAACCAUUGUAGAUCAAUUUUAUCAACAAAAAAAUUUAAAAUAUAAGCAUUAUUUUAAUUUCGGUCCUAGGUAAAUUAUUUUAUAUAGAUAUUGUGAAAAGUCAGGUUUGUUUGUUUGUUUUUUUUAAUUGGGCUCUUUUCUCAUUUGACCAUUUAAAAAAGAAAAUCUACUUGAAAGUUUUUGUAGAAUGUUUCAGGUGAAGAAAAAAGACUAAAUCUGAACUGCUAGAACAAGCUAGACUGAAGUCUAGCUACCACAGGGAGACUAUGCCUUAGCUACUGUGAUUUUCAAGUUUGCUUUUUGGAAUGUUAUCUCCUGCCAAAAAUUUCCAGUUUAAUAACUGAAGGCUUCUAUGUGAACACUGAUGAAGUCAUCAAUUGCCAAUUCAACUAUAGUUCUGUGUACCCUGUAGCUCAAAUUCUGAUUCUAAGUGUACUUAUAUUAUAGUACUUUGCUACAGGUGUAAUGUUUUAAAAGGAAAAACACUGUCUUUCAAAAUUCUGUCAUAACACCUGUAUUUCAGUCUAAUUAAUAAAUUGACAUUUAGGAGGGGAAAUUGAAUCUCUCAGUAGAGGACAAAGUAUUACAAAUCUUUUCCCUAAGUUUGCACACACAACUAUUAUGAAAAAGGGAAUUAAGCCAUGGGAUUUAAUUGAGUACAUGAGUUCAAUAGUUUUUAUGUAAUAUCGCCCUUGUUGAUAAAUUUCAAGAACAAAUUAAAUAAAUAGAUAAAUUGUGCUUUUGUUAUAUCCUGGAAACAUGAAAAAGAAAUUAAACAUUCAUCCGGUUUAGGGCUUUUUACAAAUUUAUUAUCCUGAUGAUCUUAUAAGCAUUAUUUAAUUAUAAAAGCGAAAUAACCUAUUAACUGAAGUAUUGUAAAUAGAGACGGGAAAAAUUAUUCCAUUUAAAAUUACUGUGGUUUAAAGGAAAAUAAAUUGGUUUUAUUCUAUUCUUGUUUGGGAAGAAGAAUCAAUUUCCCUUAAUCAUAUUAAAGAUUGAUGAUUUCCUCCUAAAUUGAAAUUUAUAAUUGUUUUUAUAAUUAGAUGCUGGGAAAGCAGUUAUUUAGGUAAAUUUUUUUUAAAGAAGAGAACUGUAUUUUGGCUUUCUCUAGCCUUUUUUUUUUUUUUUUUUUUUAAUAUAGGGGCAAUGAAGAAUUGGAGGAAUUGGUUUACAAACUUUCUAGGGACAUUCUACAUUUUCCCAACAUUGUUAUUGAUGGUUUAAAAAGUAAUUUAACUAGUUUCUUGAAUUAAAAAGUUACACAUAUACUUUAAUUCCAUUAAAGAAUUUAUUUUUGACAGCAUAUUAAUUUCAAAAUAAUUUUUUUUUAUAUCUGUUUUUUAAAUUUUUAAUGGAUUUUUUUUAUAUUUAAAAAAUGUUACUUAUCAGUUGAAUUGCGGUAAAGCUUUCCAGCACCAGCUAUAUGAAAACAUUUCUUUUAAUGUUGGGAAAUGGCUUCUCAUGAAUCAUUAACUAUGAUAUAUUAAGACUUGUAAGCACAGAUUCUACAUCUUGUGAAUUUACAGUUUAUAGUUACUUUAACUAUAAUCUUCAAUUUUUAAUUUCAGAUGUUUUCAAAUAGUUAUUAUUUAGGGAAGUUCCAGCAUGGGAUAUUAAUCUAGAAUCUAAUAAAGUGGUCAGUAGCAAUGUUUUACUCAAAAACAUAUUCUGUGUAUCUUUGUCCCAAAAAACCAAAAGUAAAAUCAAAUAAUUUUGUUAUAGAAUAUCACUGCCAUAUCCAUUCCCUCUCCUUACUCCUAUCCCCCAAGCUUAAUAAACAAGCUUUGCCACAAAAAAAUAGGGUGUUCUGUUGUGUUUACUAUGUGGUUGUUGGGGUAAUUCUAAUAUCAUGGUACAUCAGAACUGGAGUUUUGCAUAUAGUCGGAAGUUCACGUGGUAUUUAAUAAAUUAUGAAUGCCAAUC